UGGCAAUGCUCAAGUGAAAGUGCAAAACGAAAAAGCUAACCUGGCCCUGCUGGGCAACGGUACUCGUCUCUACCCUGCCGACAAUGGGACACCUCACCUCGGGCUUGUACUACGAAGAGUCAUAGCCAUAUGCUCGAAUUCUUCCAUCAUUAUCGAUUUGACAGGUGUCGAGUUUAUAUCGGGUUCGGACUCGGUCCAUCGGUCCAUACGCAUUUUCGGUGGUUCCGAAAGUGAUGAUGGGCACCCGGAAAGCUGAAUGAAGAUUGACUUGACAUCUGGAUCGCAAACCACGACCAUGGAUAUCGAACAGUUCAGAAAGGAAGCCUACAAAGCCAUUGAUCAGAUUUGCGAUUAUUACUAUGCAUUACAGGACGCAAAGAUACCCGUUGUCUCCUCUGUCGAACCUGGAUAUCUACGACCGCUGUUACCCUCAUCUGCCCCGCAAACAGGGGAAGAGUUUGCGCUCAUUGCAGCUGAUUACCAGAAUCUUAUUGUCCCCGGCUAUACCCCAUGGCAGCAUCCGUCGUUCUUCGCUUAUUUCCCUACUGGAUUCUCAUUUGAAGGUUUGAUUGGCGAUUUGUUUGCAAGCAGCGCGAGCAACCCGGGAUUCAACUGGACGGCUAGUCCGUCAUGCACAGAGCUAGAGGUGGUCGUAAUGGACUGGGCCGCCCAAAUGUUUGGUUUGGACCCUGUGUUCUAUAACUCAUCUGGCGUUGGUGGAGGUUGUCUGCAGAAUACCGCAUCCGAAGCGGCCUUGGUUGCCAUAGUCGCAGCUCGCAAGAGCUAUAUGGAUAAGCACCCAGAGUCCAAACUCGAAGAGCUUGUGAUAUACGUUUCCACUCAGACUCAUUCACUUGGAAUGAAAGCUGCUAUUAUUUUGGGUCUACAAGUCCGCGCGAUCGAGGUUAGGUCUGAAGAUAACUUUGCGUUGAAGGGCGAUGCUUUGCGUUCCGCUAUCGAAGAGGAUAUGACAGUCGGGAAACGGCCCUUCGUUCUCGUUGCUACUGUCGGAACAACCUCUUCUGGCGCCAUUGAUGACUUGCCUGCGAUAGGAGAAGUGGUCAAGGAUUACCCUGACUUGAAGAUUCAUGUCGACUCAGCAUGGCUUGGAAUGGCACUCGUUUGUCCGGAAUUUAGAGAAACGUGCUACUUGAAGGAAAUAAACGAGUUCGCCGACUCCUUCUGUACCAACUUCCACAAGUGGGGUCUCACCAACUUCGACGCUUCCGCAAUGUGGGUUCGUGACAGGAGAUAUCUUACUGAGGCGCUCGACAUCACACCUCCCUUUUUGAGAACACCUCAAGGUGAAGCAGGAACUGUCAUCGAAUACAGGAACUGGCAUCUUGGUCUUGGUCGUCGUUAUCGAUCAGUUAAACUGUGGUUUAUCCUACGAGGCUUUGGAAUAGAAGGGUUCCAGGCUCAUAUACGGAAGACUAUCAAUCUUAAUAAAAUAUUCACACGGCUCAUCGAAACCUCCCCCAUCCUCAAGAUAGUGGUUCCGCCCAGCUUCUCUUUGACUGUCUUUAGACUAUUCCCCAAACCGCAAAGGCCAGACGAACCACCUAUUCCCGAAGAAACUCUCAACGAGAUCAAUCAGCUUCUCUACGGUCGGCUCAAUGCCCGCAAGGACAUUAUCCUGACACAGACCAAACUAAAUGGAACUUUCUGCGUUCGCUUUGCGGUCGGUUCGAGGUAUACAGAGGAGGAACAUGUGAAGCAAGCCUUCCAUGCUAUUACGCAGGAGGCGAAUCGUACGCUGGAAGCGUGGCGACAGGGAGUGAUUGGCGAGACAUAAUAGAAAUACGACAA